AUGUCGUCCGUGCUCGUGCUCUACCGCCUGAAGCCGGAUGUCCUCGCUGACCUCGCCGGCCGCUUCCGCCUCCUCGACUCCCACGCCUCGCCGCUCCCACUGGACGCCUUCCUCCCAAAAUCUGGUGAUAACAGCGCGGCCAUCGUCCCAGGCAGCGGUGUCGUCCGCAUCGACGCGGCCUUCCUGGACGCGGCCCCGUCGCUGGGCUGCAUCGUGUCCCUAAACGCGGGCCUCAACCACGUCGACAUCCCCGAGUGUGCGCGCAGCGGCGUCGCCAUCGCCAACGCCGCGGGGAUAUACUCCGCCGACGUCGCCGACUACGUCGUCGGCCUCCUCAUCGACGUGCUCCGCGGCGUCUCCGCGGGCGACCGCUUCCUCCGGCGCCGCGAUAGCGACGCCGCACCAGAAUUUCGCAUCACAACCGCUUCUUCGGCGAGCCAAAUGCCGUCGUCUCCUUCCGUGCUCGUGCUCUACCGCCUGAACCCGGCCAUUCUCGCUGACCUCGCCGGCCGCUUCCGCCUACUCGACUACCACGCCUCGCCGCUCCCACUGGACGCCUUCCUCCUCGCCGCGGCCGCCGACGAUGACCCCCCGCGCGCGGCCGUCGUCCCAGGCAGCGGCGUCGUCCGCAUCGACGCGGCGUUCCUUGACACCGUCCCGUCGCUGGGCUGCAUCGUGUCCGUAAGCGCGGGCCUCAACCACGUCGACCUCCCCGAGUGCGCGCGCCGCGGCGUCGCCGUCGCCAACGCCGCGGGGAUAUACUCCGCCGACGUCGCCGACUACGCCGUCGGCCUCCUCAUCGACGUGCUCCGCGGCGUCUCGGCCGGCGACCGCUUCCUCCGGCGCCGCGGCGAGUGCCUCCUCCCCCUCGGCGGAUCCAGCCUCGGCGGGAAGCGCGUCGGCAUCAUCGGCCUCGGCAGCAUCGGAUCGGGGAUCGCGAGGCGGCUCGAAGCAUUCGGAUGCGUCGUCUCGUACCACUCCCGGCGGCAGAAACACGACGUCUCCUACACCUACCACCCCACGAUCCUCGACCUCGCCGCGGGCUCCGACGUCCUCGUGGUGGCGUGCGCGCUGACCGCCGAGACCCGGCACGUUGUGGACGGGGCCGUGCUGGACGCGCUGGGGAGCGGCGGCGUGGUGGUGAACGUGGCGCGCGGGGCGAACGUGGACGAGGCGGAGCUGGUGCGGGCGCUGGCGGAGGGCAGGAUCGCCGGCGCCGGGCUGGAGGUGUUCGAGGACGAGCCCAACGUGCCGGCGCAGCUAAUGGGCAUGGACAACGUGGUGCUGACGCACCACCAGGCCGCGUACACCCCGGAGGCCAUGGCCGACCUCGACCGCCUCGUGGUCGGCAACCUCGAGGCCUUCUUCACCGGCACGCCGCUGCUGACACCCGUCCUCGUCUUCGACUGA